GGGGCGGGGUUUUGUGGAAUACGGGUGGAAAUAGAAUAAGGCGGGAGGCUGUGGUUCGUUUUGCCAAGUAGUUUUUUAUAAUAUUGUAAUAAAUGUGCAAAUGAUUUAAAACUUAAACCGCUUUGUUUGUAUCUGGAAAUGUCACAGAGUAAAAGAGUCUCGUCUCAAAACAGGAGGUCUCAGGUGGGGUUAGAUGAGGAUGAUGAAGGUUCAUUAACUCAGCCCAGUGUGUCUCAGGUACAGAAAGCCAGAGAGAACUUCACACCUGUACAGGUGGACCGCAAGGCUGCUGAAGUUGUGCAGUUUAUUCUGAUUAAAGACCAGAAGAAAAUUCCGGUCCGUAGAGCAGACAUUGUUAAACAUGUGAUAAAGGAGUACCGGGUUCUGUACCAGGACAUCAUGAAGCGAGCAGACCGAACGUUCGAGCAGGUGUUUGGGCUAAAGCUGGUGGAGAUAGACUCCAAGAAUCACAUUUACAUCUUGACUAACAGACUGGAGCAGUCACGUGAAGAAAUGAACGGCAUGUGUCCCGGAAACCCAAAGACUGGACUUCUGUUUGUGAUCCUCAGUGUUAUUUUUAUGAAGGGAGGAAGCGUUAAAGAGACUCUAGUGUGGAACACGCUGAAGAAACUCAGAGUGGAUGCUGGAGAGAAACAUGAAGAGUUUGGAGAUGUGAAGAAGCUCAUCACUGAUGAAUUUGUGCGACAAAAGUAUCUGGAGUAUGUUCGUAUUCCUCACACUGAACCUCUGGAGUAUGAGUUUCAUUGGGGACAGAGGGCCGUGAGUGAGGUGUCCAAACUGAAAAUGCUCCAGUUUAUUGCAGAGCUACACGAUCAAGAACCUCAAUCAUGGACCCUCCAGUACAGAGAGGCAACGAGUGCAGAGAAUAACCUGAGAUAACACAUCAGGAGUGUGUGUGUGUGUCUGUGUGUGUGUGUGUGUGUGUGUGUGUGUGUGUGUGUCUGUGUGUGUAAUAGAGUUAAAAAGACUGUUUCUUUUUUGUGUAUUUUUUAUUUUGAGGUAAAAUAAAGUUUCUACUCUU